AUGUAUACUCGAACGAAUAUGCUAUGGACACACCGAAGAAAUUUUUGCAGAAUGCUGGACAUGCGGCAACUUAGUUCGAUGCUUGAUAUAAAGCCAGAAGUUCAUGAUGCAAUAAUUAACAAACGAGCUGUUGUUGCAUUAGAAUCGACAAUUAUAACUCAUGGAAUGCCAUAUCCACAUAAUCUAAAAACAGCUAUGGAGGUUGAGGAUAUCGUAAGAGAACAGGAGAAGAAAGGAGGAAAUACUGGAAAAUGCGCGAAUGUGAAAUUGAAAAGCAAUCUCAUGAAAAUUUAUUGCAUUUUAUUCUCAACUGUGUACAUCAUGCAGCAAUCAUAUAAACGAUGGAAAUGGAAUUGA